UGUUAUUAUCAUUAUACUAAAUAUUAUUGUCACCAUCACUCAACCAGUAAAACUUGUGAUAAAAUAUAAACUACUACAUUGGCGCCCACCGUGCAGGCCUUGAGCCCAAGGUCAAAGUUUUAGGUACAAAUGUCCAAAUCUCAAAACAAAACAUUGUCGUCAAGGACUGGAACAACCUAUCGUCUUAAAAUGGCGCACGGAACGAGCCAGACGGUGGAUGAGCAAAUGAAGCAGCUCAGGAGAGAGAGAGAAAAUAUGGAGAAGCAAAAAGCGGAUCUUGAAUUACGCAUGACACAAUUUGCAACUUGUCAGGAAUUAGCUGAUCAAGUUAAGAUGUUGCAACGUGAAAAAGAUCAACGAGAUCGAGCUUCGUCAAGUAACAAUAUAGAGGUAUCAAAUGACUCAAAUAAUACUACCAAUCGUUUGUUAGGUGGCCUGAUAAAUCAUUUUCAACAUCUCCAGUUAGACAUUAAAGCACCAAAAUUUUCUGACGAAGAUAAAAGUAAUCCCAUUGAAUUUUUACGAGAUUUGGAGAGAUAUUUCAACGUUCAUAACGUUAACGACGCAAAACAGGAUUGGGUUCUCGGGAGUAUAUUAGAAGGUCGAGCCAAAAUAUGGUACGAAGCAAAUAAAGAAGUAUGCAACACUUAUGAAAAUUUCAGGAAGCAUUUUAAACGGGAGUUUUAUUCCGUUCAAUACCAAGUUAAAGCUAAGAAUCGAUGGUCGUCUCGUCGUUAUAAAUCACAAGAUGGGGAAUUGCGCAGUUACUUUCGUCGACAAUCUAAAGAAGCGAAAUAUUUUGAGCCCGCGUUGUCUACGUAUGAAAUAAAUUAUGCUGUAGUACAACAACUACCAGCAAGGAUUCGAGAUUUAUUAGCAACCAUAGAUUUUAACAAUAGUGAAUUAAUAAUGCAAUCGUUAUCUAAUCUAGACAUAUCCCAAGAAGGCAGAGAAUUUGAUAGAGACAAAACUCAAAAUUUUAAUAGACCAAAUCAGAACCCAGGUAGAAAGUUAUCUUGGCAGAAUAAGUUUCAGCCUAGCCGCUAGCCUCAUUUAAUAUUGGCUUGCGAGGUUCGUACUGCGACAUUGGCUAUAGGUUGCUGCUAGGUACAAUUGCAGUUCAGGAUUUCGAGAUAUGUUGCUUGGUUAUUACCUUUGCAUUGUACCUAGCCGCGACCUAAGUAUACGUGAUAGCUUUACUUUUGCGAAAAGUGGGGUUAGGCUUACAGUGACAUAUAUGUAUAUGUUUAAAAUGUUCAGUACACACGUG